UUGAUGCACUCGUGAACUCUCACCCCAGCAGAAUUUUCUUUUGUUUUGUUUUAGCUUGCGUUGUUUCAAUGAAUCAGCUGUAUCGUCAGUGGUGUUCUCUGAUUGACUAUUUAUUCAUGACCGUUUGAAAAAUGGUGUAGAUGUUGACACACAGCAAAAUGAAAACUUUGAUUCAAUAGGAAAACGAAGGAUUCGGUACAAUUGAGAAUCCGUGGGAAAAUGCUGGGUUGUGUCGUCGGAUGCAUACUGUGGCAGUUGUCUCGUUUAACUGAUUCAGCAUAUGAAAAGGGUAGAAAUCAAUCAGCAACUAAUACUAGACAGACUGGAUUCUGAUUUCGACGUCAUAUCACACAACUGUCUACUACAGGUAACAAAUAAACUGUGUUAUCUAGCUAGCUAUAGCUACAUUAGCGGAUAUUAGCUAGCAAGUUAGCUAUAACCUGCCUAAUUCACAGCGAGAGAAGCUAGGUAUAGAUAGCUAGCUGACAGCUUUGUUUAACGUUAGCUGGUUAGCUAGCUAGCCCACAGAAGCCGUAACAUAGCAACAGAUGAUGGCUUGUGUAUACCUAGCUUUGAUCAGCCAGUGCAUGACCAGUUAAAACAUUUGACACUAAACUAAGUAGUUAGGCCAUGCUGUGUUGUGUAUAUGUUGGUCCGUUAUUGGUCAGUCAUGUCAACAGGUAGGCGAUUGCCAAGUUUUGUGUGUAACUUUGCCAUUAUACGCCAUGGUCAGUAACUAGAAAACUAGCUAUCUGUCUAACGCUAUUAUAUGUAGCAUAGCUAACAGUAAAUGCCAGUUUAGAUUGUUGAUGGAGAUAGUUGUCAACGGUGCCACUCUAUGAAUGUCAACACUUAGAGCCUUUUUUCGACGAUUCUUCUUUCCCUUACACAGUUGGGUAUAUAGCCACCUUGGUAGUCAGCUCACUUAAAGCUGACAAUAUUAGAAAGAUAUCUGAGCCCCUCCCGAUUUUCCAAUGGGUGAAGAGAAGCCGGAGACUUUAGAUUUCGUGAAAGACUUCCAGGAGUACCUGAGUCAGCAGACGCAACAUGUAAACAUGAUAUCAGGGUCUGUCAGCGGCGUCAAGGACGAGCUUCCAGGAGAUAUCAGUCAGAAUGGUCUGGACCAUCCCUCGGUUGAUAUAACCUUGGAUGACAGCUCAGGCAUAUUAGUGGAUGGAUUUGAAAGGACCUAUGAUGGCAAAUUGAAAUGCCGCUACUGCAACUAUGCUACCAGAGGCACAGCCAGGCUUAUUGAGCACAUCCGCAUCCAUACAGGUGAGAAACCACACCGAUGUCAUCUGUGCCCUUUUGCCUCUGCAUAUGAGCGACACCUAGAGGCCCACAUGCGCUCUCACACGGGCGAGAAGCCCUACAAGUGUGAGCUGUGCUCUUUUCGCUGCAGCGACCGUAGCAACCUCUCUCACCACCGCCGCCGGCGCCACAAGCUGCUGCCCAUGAAGGGCGCGCGCUCCGCGCUCUCCCACCGCAAGGUGCUGAGCGUUCUGCAGAAGCGCGGUGCCUCACUGGGCUACGGCCGCCGCCUGCUCAUCAACCUCAGCCCCCCCUCCAUGGUCAUGCAGAAGUCCGCCGUCGAGCAGCACCACCUGGCCGACUUUAGCCACGAGCUGCCUUCCCACUCCAGCCUGCACCAGGACGCCUACGACGGCCUGGACAAGGUGCAGCCCUCUGACGGCAGUGGCGGCGGGGAGGCGGGCAUGCACCGUGAGCCGCAUGACCUGACGAUGGACAACCCGCUCAACCAGCUCUCCACGCUGGCCGGCCAGCUGGCCAGUCUGCCGCCCGACGCCCAUGGCCCCCCGGAGUCGCCCGGGGCUGAGUCUCUGCCGGACGAGAAGCCGUCCUUCCUGGUGCAGCAGCCGCCGGGGACUCCUGGGGCCGUGUCGGCCAGCAUGGCCCAGGCCUCGUCCCCCAUGAGCCCUGAUCCCCGACCGGCCGCCCACAGCAGCUGCAGCCCCGGCGUGGGUCCCGGCAGCGAGAGAACCAGCACGCCCAGCGGCAUCACUAGUCAGCCAGGUACCCCUACCCUGCAGCAGGACCCUCAAAUGCUGCAGCACUGCCCUCACUGCCACAUCUACUUCCCUGACAACAUCCUCUUUACCAUCCACAUGGGCUGCCACGGCUAUGAGAACCCAUUCCAGUGCAACAUCUGCGGCUACCGCUGCAGGAAUCGCUACGACUUUGCCUGCCACUUUGCCCGGGGCCAGCACAAGGAGUGAGCUGUGGCCGGCGACAGCUGCGUCUGUGGGGUGCCUUUCUCACAAGUACUGUCAUUUUAGGUGUUGUGCCCAAAACAUUCAGAAGUGGAGAGUUAUAUAGAUCCACUGUGAACCUCCUGUACUUUUUCAAAUGGUUUGAAAUGUAACUUUUUAACCUGUUCUUUGUCACUUUUUAUUUAUUUUUUUGAAGAUUUGUAUGAAGUUUUCCUUUUCACAAAGGUGGAUAAGAUGAUAAGCUUUUAGCGAAAUACUAUAUCAUAUCAUGCCGAUUUCAGUUUAGUGCUUCUAAGCUUCAGUGAAUUUCUGUGUGUGCAGCACAACAGUUAUGACAAUGUAACUAAACAGUGCCUCCGAUGUUUAUGAUUUCUGGUCGUUCCAUUUCGUCAUUACCCAGUAAGGCACACCACAGUGUGAUGUGGACAGAAGAUUACUUAAAAAAAAAAAAGAACUGUUUUCAUUAUAUUAAGGUUAAAACAGUGCUUGGUACAGAGCUUGUAUGGUCAAGUUCAGGUUGCUGUUUUUGUUUCCUUUGAGGAUGUGGUGGAGUGGUCAGUAGUGUUAAUCUGUUUUACAUUUCAAUAGGAAGAAAACUCAAGUGAUGACGUCAUGUGGAUGUGAUUUCAAAUCCAGACCUUAUUGUAAAGGUUGCCCCCACACCCCCCCACUUCUCGUUCCCUUAUUAUAUAAUAUCUAUUUGCCAAGUACUACCAGAGUUGCCACAUGUUGAUGUACAUGUUAAUAUUAGUCUAUUGUUUAGCAGAGAUAUGAUCUAAACACGUGUGUCCAAAUUUCAAACAAAUUAAUCAUGAGCAUUGUGUUGAUAAUAUGGAUGUUGAAUGUCAAUAAAGAUACAAUCUUGUUCAACUAA